GAGGGAACAACGGAUUUCGUGUUUGACUUUUUUAUUUCCCGAAAAAAUAUAUUUUAUCAUUAGUCUAUUGUAAGUUUUAAGUUUAAAAUAAUUCAACAAUGGCUCAGCCAUCAAUCACAUCAUAUUUUAACACGAGAAAACGUGCUGCAAUCGACGAUAUUAGUAGUGCUAGGAACAAGGUGAUGCUUUUGGAUAAUGACGCUUCACAGGGUGACAUUGGCCUUAUUGCUAAAGCCAUUUUACUAAAAGGUGUAGAUACUCAAUUCAACGAAAAGAUUAAACAGAAGACCAUAGAGCCUAAGAGGAAUCGUGUUGUUACCAAGUUGGACUUUGAUUCUCCGGUUCGUAAGACCCCAGUACGAAGGGUUGCAAAUAAAAGCAAAAAUGCUACUACACCUAAGCCUCAACCGAAACAGAACUGUAUUUUUACACAACUGGGCUCUUUGUCGCCAGUUAAAAAAGCUCAACCUCCUAAAGAAAUCAUUCUCAAAAAAGCUACUCCUGAAGUUACUAAUGCAUCCUGCUGUCAAAAAGAGGAAUCAAUUAAACAAGAUAAUGCUGUGCCAGCCGAAACAAAUCAAAAUAAGAAAGAUGAAACCAAAGGAACUUUAUCUGCACUUAAUGCUAAAACUGAUAUCAAAGAUAUGUCUUAUGCGGAGAUUAAAACUAAACUUACAAAAAGUUCUCGAUUGGAAGAACUUAAGGCUAGAGUUAACAAACUGAAUGAGGGCAUGAAAAAAUUGGACGAGAAGAAAUUACCAAAACUUGAGAAACCAAGCUUGAAAGAGUUCAAAACUAUUGACUUGGUAGUAACCACGAGUCCUCAGAAAGUUCUGACUCCUCCAAGGAAAACCCUAUACAGUCCACACAAGGUGCUGCCCAAGUACAACAAUGGAGGCUGCGAACAGCUCAUGUCGCCCCGAAAGACAGAAGUGGCUCGCAAACUCAAUUUAUCGAGUCCAGUCAAAGCUGCAAUUGCCAACCCGGCUUACCAGAGAUACCAGGGUCUGGCCGAAAGUACUACACCCUCGUUGAGUCUGCCACAUAAUUACAGAUGUCUGGCCGAGUUGUUCAGAUGUGUUGAUGCAGUUUGUGCCAUGCUUUAUAAUAGGAAGGAGACUAUCACUUUUAAGAAGCUCAAGCCGGCAGUACAGGAGAUGACAAGAAAGAACUUCACCGAAUCCCACUUGGCCCAGAUCAAAUUCAUAUACCCCGAAGCAUAUACGUUUUCCCAAGAAAAAAUGCACAACUUUGGUUCCACUUCCAAGCAAGACAAAUACGAACUAGUAAUAAUUCCAAACGUUGGCGACACAAAAUCUGUUGAAAUCAAUGCUGAUGAUGUUCUGAAGAGCCGUCAAGUUAUGAACAUGAAUCCACAAGUUAUGUUGGAACGUCAAAGAACAUUAUACAAUUUAUUGUUGAAUAAAGUUUUGGAUGAACAUGAAAAGUAUUUAUUGAGUUUGGAUCCACCAAUGAGCAUCCCGAAGAAUAAGCUAACACGUUGGCAUGCCGGUUUCGAUAUUGAAAACAUGCCUGAUAUUGAAAAGAGUGCUUUACCUCAGCCUCCGAAUGUUGAGAAGUUUACAUCAGCUAGUGAUGUUUUGUUGAAGGCGAGAAAUUUGUUUAAUUGUAACACACGUAUGGAGAAAGCUUUGGAGAGAUUAGCUGAAGCCAAGAGUAGAAACAUACCUUUAAGUGCUAUGAGUUUGAAUGAUGAAAAAACAACAAUAAAAACAGAACCUGUGGAGGUUAAAGUAGAACCGGUGACUGAGCCCGAACAGCCUUUGAAUCCGGCUUUGAAGGGUCUUCCUAAAUCUUUAUUGGAGAAAAUACGUGCCAAACAAGCUGCAAAGGCUUUAGAAGCUAUGACCAGGUCACCUGCACAAAAUGAGAAAGCCCUCAAGUACCAAAGACUACCUGAAAUCGCUAGACACACCAGAAAUCUUUUUGUAACCGAAAAGAAAAGUGUACUACCUUUGGAAAUCGUGUUGAAUAAACUUGGUAACAGCUACCGAACAAGCCUUACCCCUACAGAACUCGAACAGCAUUUACGUUUGUUGAGUGAAUCAUUACCCGGUUGGCUUGUAUUCCACGAUAUACGCCAAACCAUUUUUAUAAAAUUAUCCAAAAAUACUGAUAUGGCUAAAGUACAAGAACGUUUGGAGGCGCUUGCAGCAAAACAUAGUAAAUGAUCUUGCGUGACUGAAUUUUAAUUAUUUUAAGCUUAAUAUAUAAAUAAGAUUUUAUAUUAUCAUAUGACUGUAAACUGGCAUUAAAGCUAGUCCUUAAAUUAUUUUACU